AGCAAGUGGGCGUAGCCUAUAUAAGGCUAAAGAAAAUUGAACUUUUGAUGGUUGUUGAGCAGCUGUAAAGCAUUAAAAUGCAGUGGCUUUGGUUUCUGUUGACACCUGUGUUCUGGCUGACUAGCCUCCUGCUGAACCCGUGGGUAGCUGCAUCUCUACUGGGAACACUCACUACUGCAGGACUCGCAUUCAGACGUUGGAGACCUUCCACACCCUCACAAUCCUCUCGUCCCAAGACAUCAGGAGUUACCGUGGUGACUGAUCAACAAGAAGUGGUCAAGACUAUUCUUCAAGUGUUUCCUAUUCAUCCUUCCCAUGGUUGGGCUCUGAGCAAUGUCAGUAAUUCUGUCCGAGUGUUCUCUCGUGUGUGGGACCUCCACUCCGCCCACUCCACCCACCCCACCACUCACACCCUAGCAUGGAAUGUGUAUGCCUCAUCCAUUGUCAUAGAGUGUCCACCAGAUGUAGCCCUCCUUCGAGCCACCAGCCACUCGGACCUACCUCUGUGGGUGGAAGGACUUUCCCUAACUGGCCUACAACUCAUUCGAAUGUCACCUGAAAAAGAUGGCGACUUGAUUCGUCUCACGCUCACCAAGGACGAGCCCCUCCCAUCUAAAAGGGUGUGGCUAGUGGGUGUGGUCAUGCUACUGCUGGAGAUGAUCGUAUCUACAAUAGGUGGUUUAUUUGGUAGAGAAACGUCUGCUACAGAACAGCCAAGUAUGGAAACUCUUAGCAGAUCUUGGUACAGCAAGCCUGGCCUGCACUACUUGCACACUGUGCCCCAGGAGCCCUCGUCCCUACCCUACCACUGGAGUGCCCUUCUCUUCACUCGAGCAGCCAGGGACUCCAGGAAUGUCUGUAUGGCCACUCUUGUCAUGUUACCACGACAAAGCCGCCAAAGUGAGGUCAAAGCGCUCAUCACCAGUCAGCUGUCAUCUCUUCGAGGGCACGUUAUUAUGAAAAACUUGAGACUCUAUCCGUCCACCCAUCACACCCAACGUACAUCACGCACCUCACAUACCUCACACACCUCACACCUACCCCCCUCAAUGGAAGUACAAGCUCCACUCACUCGAACAUCUUCGACCACGCCCCCUGUACAAUCAAGCCCAGCUCAAAAUGAAGGCAACACCAGAUAUUAUCGUCGAAACACUGAACCAGCGAUUUUGUCAAGCACCAGCCGUCUGGAUUCGAACCGAUCAGCUCAGAGCUUGGUUAGGGAAGUUCCCUCUUCUACAAUUGCCACGCCCCCUCCUCCUAUAGACAGUCGAGAUGCUGCAUACCUGCAAAUGGCCAAAGAGAAAUCGGACAAACUAAUCAGCUCAGCACUGGGUACAGAAGAAGAUGGUUGGACUCUAAUCGGCAAUAAAAACAGAAUACGUGCAAUGAAACUUGCACCAAAACCUGGAGAAGGUUCUGUGAACUGCGUGAGAGGUACAGGAAUCGUGAACGUUCCUCCGAAGUUCAUCAUGCACUUUUUAAAAGACCCCACCUACAAUUCUCGACUAGAUGGUAUGCUUAAAGAGGUUCGAGUUGUGCAAAAAAUCUCACCAGCAGUGCAACUCGUACACAUGCUCUACAAGGCGGUGUGGCCAACUGCCCCCAGGGAUUUCGCCGUUCUCAACAUCUCAGGAAUCAGAGACUCGCAGACUUUAGUUUCAGCAGCGGUUUCGGUGACAGACGAUCGUAUUUCAGACGAGAAAGGUCACGUACGAGGUCACUUAGACGCGGGAGGAUACGUGAUACGGGCAGUACCCGGGAAUCCAAAUAUAUCUGAAGUUGUGUACGUGGCACAGGUCGAUUUAAAGGGAUCUUUACCAGCCAUGGUGACUAACAAGAUAGCGGACUUGCAGCCACAGUGUGUGAACACUCUGCGAGGAUUUGUGGAAACCCUGUACACUGAACUGGGUCAAUCACCUCAAGCUGUGACAGAGUAUGAGGAAAAGUUUCCAAUCGCUGUCAUUGUAGAGGAGGAGGGCGCCUCCACACCCUCACAGCAGCUACCAGUCACAAACGAGGCACACCAAAACGUUACGGACGGUUUGGUAGAGGUCAGAGAUCAGGGGGAGACAGAGUACACAGACAGACUGCUGGAGAAUGGUCACUUUAUUUCACCCCCAGUCCAACAAGAGGAGUCUAUAUUGUCAGAGAUACGUCCUGUCGAUCUCACUGGUCCAGUUGCCACAAGAACGGAGGAUGUUCAGGUUAUGGAUGAGCUCCAGUUCGAGUCCCCUCAGCUUGAUGCUGGUAUGACCCCUCACCCCCAACUCAUACACAGUACUGAUCAGAUGAAUACUGAUUUCGCUACUCCAACCAAUCGAGACAUCGAGUUUCUAGAAACGUACACACCCGAGGAGAUUUCCUCUGACGUCGAGAACUAUGCUGAGCUUGGUGAGGGACGCAACGAUGGUGGGAGGCGUCGUGAGGAUGGUGUAGGGAGUGUGGACAGUGGAGAGCGUGAGGAUGGUGUAGAGCGUGUGGGCGGUGUGGAGGGACGAGAUAACGUAUUCAUGUAUAGUCCGAGUCCAAGGCUGGAGCUCAAGUUGCCACGGUACAGGAGCGGGUCAGAGAAUGCCUCCAGUGAGGACUCUGUCUCUAGACAGAGCUUUAUGACUCAGAGCCUCACCAUGGAAACCAUAGGCUACCCUCGACAAGAGACAGGGAGCGUUGACUUUAAGACAAUGGCCAAUCACACGGCAGCACGGGUCCUGGAGGAGGCAUUUCAUGUGACUGGGAUUGAUCUGAAUGACUCCAUGACCUUUGAAGACCAAACUGGAGGGUGGACGUUCUCUGGGUUUGAGAAAGACGUGGUGAUGCUGAUCAAGAAGUCAACUGACACUCCGUUCAACUCCUUCAUAGGGAAGGGAGUGAUUGACCUCCCCCCACAGGAGGUGUACGACUCCAUAAGGAACCCCCAGCUGAGAUUCAUCUACGACAACAUGCUCAAGGAGCUCCACAUUGUGAAGCAGAUUGAUGAGGGCCUCUACAUAUUGCACAUGCAUCAUGAGACUACCCAGUGUUUUGUGAAGCAAUCACGUGACUUCUGUCUACUGGUCAGCGAGAGAUCAGAGCCAAACAAGAAGCUGCUGAUAGGGACGUCCAUUGAAGUUCCCGAGUGUCCACCAAAACCAGACAUUCACAGAGGAAAGGUUGUGUACAGUGGGUGGGUGGUAGAGCCGUACAGAGCACGGGGCAAACUACAGACUGAGGUCACCUACCUACUGCAAGUGGACAUGGGAGGAAUACCGGCCAGUAUCGUCAACUUUAUAUCCAAGAGGCAACCACUAGCCGUGGCUUAUUUGCGUGACUACCUUAUCUCCACAUCUCUAGACCUCAGCCUGAGAGAGGACGUGACUUUAACACCACAAUAGAACUUGUGCUGGUUUUUUUGUAGUACCCAUUUUAAGUAUAAUAUAGUGUGUGUGUGUGUGCGUGUGUGUGAGAGUGAUUUGUGCACCUUGUUGUGUCUAUAAUUAUGUCACGAUAUGAUUUUUAUAGCAUGUCUGUAUUAAAAAUAAUGAUUGUCUCUUUUACGAG